UACACGCAAACAUACACAGCAAAAGAAAAAGAAAAGGAAAAAAAAGACUAGUUAAGUUCACUUCACUAUUCCAGUCAAAAUCAAGUAGUUGUUUGAUUUCAUAUAUUAUCUCCUACACCAUUCUUCUUUUGCUUCUUCUUCUUUUGAUUCAACAGUGAGAAUUAGAGAGACAUGGGAAGAGUGAAACUGAACCAGUGAGUGAGAGUGGGGAGAGUGUAAUGAGAAGAAAAUGGAGGGAGCAAUGGAAGAAUUAGAAAGAAGAAGUAGAUUUCUUAGUAGUCUGAUACAAAAGAAAAAAGCUGAUGAAGUAGAAGUAGAAGAAGAACAUCAUGAUGAUGAUAAACAACAACAACAACCACAACAUGACCCAAGUCUGAAUAUCAAAGUUAGAGCUGCUGAUAUGCCUAUUGAUCUUCAAAAUCAAGCUUUCCGUUGUGCAAAAGAUUGUCUUGAUUCCAUGCCUAACAAAAAACUUGACAGUAAACGCUUAGCUCUUGCCCUCAAAAAGGAAUUCGACUCAUCAUAUGGUCCAGCUUGGCAUUGCAUUGUAGGAACAAGCUUCGGUUCAUACGUCACACAUUCUCUAGGAGGUUUCAUAUAUUUUUCAAUCUCCAAGGUUUACGUCCUUCUUUUCAGGACCGCUGUUGAACCUUUAGAGAAAUGAGCAACCGCCGUGAACAUAAACGUUUAUGCUGAUCUAUCAGAUCAAUUUCUACUUGAGUGCUUAUGUUAUGGUGUGAAAUUGAAUACAUGAUAUAAAUUUUGGAAAAAAAAAGUUCAAUGGAAAUGUAGCACUAAAUAUCAUUUACAUCUGUUUUAUGCAACUGUUGGUUGAAA